AGAACAUUGUCAUCAUAUCGACCGGCAAGUGGCUAUUUUAAAAGAAAACUGCCGCCCGUGUUAUACGAUGAUCCCUUGAACAUAUCAUCGAAUGAUCUGUCCCUUCAAAGCAGGCGUUAAAACGAAACUUAAUUUUCCAACCCUGCAGUGCGUUUGCUUUACACAAUUAAGAGUUCAAACAUCAACUGGGACAAAAAAAUAUAGCCUUUUUGUAGUCCGUUUAAAAUCUGAUAUCAUCAUGGCGCAUCAUAGGGCUCCAGAUUCCAAGAGGGAACAGUUUAGAAGAUAUCUAGAAAAGGCUGGUGUCGUUGACAGUCUCACUAGUGUUUUUGUGUCUCUCUAUGAACAACAAGAGAAGCCCAACAAUGCUCUUGAAUUCAUCAAGCAGCACCUGGGAGCUGUCGGGCAGACGUCAGACACCGAGGCCCUGCAGCAGGAGGUGAUCGACCUGAGGCAGAGGUGCGCACGCCUGGAGGAGCAAAACAAAGACCUCAGAACAAGGCUGCAGCAACAUGAACCUGUUUCUGAGGACGGAGGCACAGCUAACUAGAGCCCAGCAGCACAUCUCUAUGAUGCGUUUGUUCUGGUGUCUCUGAAUUCAAACACAGGAUGCCACUGUAAAGUAAAGCCUGCACUUUUAAAACUGUGCUGUAUUUUUGUGAAUCGUAUUUUCUUCUUUGUUGUGUACAAUAUAACUUAUUUUGUACAUGUUUGUAUAUAUUUUUUGUUCAUUCGAUCUUCUGUAAACUAAGUUUGUUCUGAAGUGAGGAAACCUUUCUCUUUCCUUACUUUUAUGUGACAAAACAACUAUUAUAUGUUUAACCUGUAAACACUCUGCUCUGCUCGUAGUGUAUGUGCAUACCAAAGAAGGUCUUUUGGUUUAUUUUCUACAAUCCAGUGUGGAUGUAGUGUUUGUAAAAAGUAUAAAAAUAUGUCACAAGCCAAAUAAAGCACAGUCUUCUGUCACAUA